CUCAGCAUGAAGUCAUGUUGACGUGACGCUUGGAAAGUUGCAAAUGAUACAAAAUGAGAAAUACGUCAAAAGCGUUAACAACUUUAGAGUUCUAUAAGUUGUACUGUAAAUUUCAUCAGCAUUCGGUAUGUCGUCGAGAAGAUGCGGCCAGACAAUCAGAGAGCAAAAGGAUGGACCAGGUUCCACAGCUGCUGUUUACGUGGCAGCUUUUGCGGUGUGUGUAGGAGCAGUUUGCACUGGAAUCGCUCUUGCAUGGACAUCCAACGUAUCCGAAAAGUUGCUAGCAGGUUCUCUCAACGGCAUGUUUUUCGAAAAGAUGGAUGUGGCAUGGGCCGUUGGAAUUAUGAAAAUAGGUUGCUGCGUAACUACUAUCCCAAUAGGCGUUCUUUUGGAUACAAUUGGCAGAAAGACAACAAUGAUGGUAGCUACCUUGCCGUUCUACGUCGGUUAUGUCCUCAUUGCUUUUGCUACCCACAAAUAUAUGCUGUUUGCAGGAAGGGCUUUUGACGUUUUCGGGACGUUGACCGGCGGUGACAUGAAAAACGACAAAUAUCAUCAUGCUCGCUUGUCGUUUUGGAGGACAUACGUUCUUUUUUGAGAAGAGGAAUGGAUCUCUAUGCAAUCCUGAGCUACGCUCUUUUUGCGUGGUGCCAUUUUAAAAUUCAGAAUGAUGACUUCGCACAAUCUAAGCAUCUUGCAGAUUAUCAGACUGUUGUAGCAACACAUUGUAUAGGAAUGUGAUAAUGAAAAGAAAGCAAACAAACGAACUGUCACCUGGAAGACAUUGCACUGUAGAAGAUUACCUUUCUGACUGAAACGCUCACAGUAAAGAAGAUUCUGCCAAUACAUGUGGUUUUAUCUGCCACACAAGCAUGGGGUAAAAUUGAAAAAAAAAGUUAAAGGCCACUAUGGAAAUGGUUCAUUAUUGGAUUGGGCGCAGGCGCCUUCAGUUGCUGUUCUCCACUCUAUGCAGCAGAAAUAGCUCAUAAAGAGAUUAGAGGCAGUGUCGUGAGCUUCUAUUUUAUGUUCGUCAGCUUUGGUUUCGUCUACGCCAACGUACUGGGCUGGUUGCUGCCAAUCAAGCUGUUCAUCUUUGCCUGUAUCAUCGUGCCCGUCAUUUUUACGACGAUGUUCUUUUUUCAGCCCAAAUCACCGGUCUACUCUAUCCAAUCCGGAAAAGCUAUGGAAGCUAUGGAGGCUCUUAAAGCCCUGCGAGGGUCCAAAUAUGAUGUUACUGCGGAAAUGAAGACGAUCAAACUAGAAUUAUCUAUAGCCUUAGGAGGCAGUAACUUUUUUCAGCUGUUCAAAGAUAGAGGAGUCAUCCGAGGAUUCAUCAUCAGUGUUACUCUACUAAUCUUGAAGCACUUAGUUGGAUCUACUCUGGUACUUAUUUUUACCAGCGAAAUUGUGAAAGCUUGUGGAUUUGGAGAUAUAGCUGUUAAAUCGGCUGUUAUUACUGGAGGCAUGAUUCAGGCAUUAGCUUCGUUCGUACCAUUAUACCUCGUCGAUAGGGUAGGCCGCAGAUUCCUGCUGAUUAUUGGUUUCUCGAUCACGUUGAUAUCAUCUGCAGUACUAGGAGCCUUCUACGUCUCUCUAGAUCGAAAAUUACUGUCUCCGAACUUGCUCAAUACAUUUAGCUUCGUACCUUUAUCUGCUUUGGCCUUAUACUGGUUUGGGUAUGGUGUUGGACUUGGCAACAUCGCCGCAUUGACAGCUGUCGAAAUCUUUCCAGCAUGCUUCAGAGCCAAAUUGAAAUGCUUCUCGGAAUUUGUCAACUGGUCUGCUUCAUUCGUCGUAACCAUGACCUACUUACAAUUCGGUGAAGCAUAUGGUCACGACUUGCUGUACUUCUUUUACUGUUUCUUCUCGAUGAUUGGGAUUUUGCUGGUAAUAUACGUGUACCCAGAAGCCUCUCGGAAAACCAGCCUAGAAAUAUUUGAUGAAAUCAGGAAGAGAAAACAUAUAUUCAGACGAUAUAGGGCAGAACCCAUACGAGGAUUGCGGUGAAUAAUCCGGAAAAGAAAUAAGGACACAUUUUUAGUACGGGACAUUUUCAACUACUUUAGACCCGGAUACCUCAUACCUUCGUAAUGAUUUUGAUAUAACUUUGCUAUGCAGUGUAAUUCGUAAGAACUCUUAUCUUAAAUUAGCAACUAUGUGCAUCUUGCUGUUUAUAUGUUUAAUAUUGAAUUGAACAGCAGAAAAAUUACCCUGUUAAGACGUGAAUGUGACGAAUAGUUAUUUCUACGUAUGCUUAGUUUACAAUCUUAACAACAUACGUUUAAAGUCUCUGCUGGUUCUUUAUCGCUACAGCUUAUUGUUAAACAUUUCUGAUAUGUAUUCUUUGGACACUGUGCUCG